AUGGUCGACCGGCUUCGGCGCUUCCGACAACUGCGAGACGAUGUUCGAGAUCAUUUGAAGACCAAGCUCCCCGUAUACGCCGUCCCGACAGUCAUCGUCCCUCUCUACCGCAUGCCGCUGAAUCCGAACGGAAAGAUCGACAGGCCCGCGCUCCCGUUCCCCGAGCCCCACGAACUGGCCCAUUCCAUGCCGAGGAGGACAUCCCACACCACGGCCGCCAUGUCGACGACGGAGAGGACUCUUGGGAAGAUCUGGAGCCAGGCGCUGCGCACGCCUGUGAACGUCAUCGGACCGGAGAGUGACUUCGCCGACUUGGGUGGACACAGCAACCUGGGGCAGCAAAUGCUCUGGCGGUUCCCUACCCUUCGUGGUCUCGCCGGGGAAAUCGACCGAGCUUUGGAUCUUCAAAACAGCACAGCCUCCACGUCCGUCAUCAUCAUCAUCAUCAUCAGCCGCCCACCCGUGCAGCGAGAUAGUAUUGCGCAUACGUUAGGUCGAACGGACCUGCUCCGGUGA